ACAAAAAAUAUCUCAAAAUUUUGCUUUAUGGAACAAAAAGUCGUGAAUUUCAUGACCUGAAAACAGUUUUUGGUAAGUUUUAGAUCUUAAUAGCCACUACAGUGACCAGAAAACAGCUUGACUUGCUUCAAAAAGUGUUUUUUGGUAAAAUUCUCAGGGGUGAAUGGGCUAAGUGACUUGAUGUUACAGCAUACAGUUGACUCCCAAUAACUCGAACCUUCAAGGGAAAUCAAAAAAAGUUUGAGUUAUCGGGAGUUCAAGUUACUGGGAGCUCGAAGAAAAUAGCCGGAAGUAAGGAAAAAAAACAGUUUUUACUGCACAGUGAACAUUUUAAUCACAGUUAAUUGUAGAAAUGGUGAGUGAAAAUUGAAACAUAUAUUUCUAGAUUAUAAAUCAGAACGUAACCUAACAAAGUGUUGUCUAAAUAGAGCAUAUGUUUUACUGUUUUGAGAAGUGAACCUGUUUCACGUUAGGUUUGUGACAAACAACAUCAGCCUCUUCUAGUAACCUAUAUGCCUACAACAUGUCAAUGGGAAAUUCAAAAUUCAAUGUUUAGGAUACCAGUAGACUAUUUUUUUCCCAACUUUUUAGGGGCUCAAAACAUGGUUCAAGUUAUUGAGGGUAAAAUUAUAUAGAAAUAAUCUGAGGGGAAACAAAAACUACUUUGAGUUAGCAGGAGGUUCAAGUUAUCGAGGGUUCGAGUUACCAAGGGUAAAAUUAUUAACAGUAAAUGUACGAUGGAAAACCAGGGGAAAUCAAUUUUGGUUUGAGUUAACGCGAGGUUCGAGAUAGUGAGGGUUCGAGUCAACUUUAUAUAGUCUGGAGUUAAUCUUUAUUGCAGUUAUCAUUAUCACUAUCAUUAACAUUAUCAUAGUUGUCAACAUCAAUAUAAUUUUUCACUACUAGUCUUGGUUUGAUUAUGGAUGUAUUGAUUUCAUUUCAGUAAAAUCAGUUCUUGAUCUAUUUUUAGCUUGAGCUGGCUACACUGGCAGGAAAGUCUCAUAAGGAGCUAUCACCAAUAUAUGUUUCUUUAGCAAUAACUUAUUUUGAUCUAAAGUGUCCGGCUGAUGCCAUCAACUGUUACAUGGAAGAGUUGGAAAUAAUGGAGGAGGACAAUUACAAAGAGGUGAGUCAUAAAUGACAAAUAUAAGUGCUGCCUUUUCUUUGUUAACAGCUUCUUUUUGUGUGCUUGGAUGACAAUGUAAAAGUUCUGGUUCCUUUGUAAAAACAUCUUUCUCAGUGAAUAGAUUUCAGAUUUUUGAAUUUUUUGCACUAUUUCAAGAAGUUACUACAAAAAAUACAAUACAUAACUAAAGUAAGAAAAAUAAAAGAACAAAUUACAUAAAUCAUCAAAGGUUAAAUGUGCGCAGUGACCAAAGGUGCUUAUUAAAGCUUUUGAGUUGGUCACCGGACCCGCCACGUGCAACUAACUGGUGUAGGCAUGUACAUAAAAGACUACAAGUAUAUAAAUACAUUGACACCUGAAUUAAACAAUUAUUGAUGGACUCCAUUGUUGUAACCACAGUUCCUCGUUUUUUUCUGACCUUACAUCUUCUUGUCUUGUGUCCUGAGUCUUUGUUUCUUCUAAACUCCUCAUGACAGAUGUGUGAUACUUGGUGUAAUAUUGCUUAUGUUCAUGAGAAGGCAGGACACGAAUAUGAUGAAAUCAAAGAUGCUUACAGUAGGGCACUGGGAUAUGCGGAGCAGUCUGGCAAGCUCUCUUCCGUGGUAGGAUUUGUGGAAAAAUACAUAAAAUUGUAAAACGUCCCUCAUACCCCUCCCUUAAUCCAACAUUUUGUCCUAUUAAGUUGGCUGAACACAGUUUUGGCAGUUUGUGAUUGUAUGUCAUUUGCCAAAUCAUGGCAAGGAAAGGUUGCUGCUCACAAGCUGAAACUUGGCAAGUGAAAAGUGUACUGAUAAAAGAUUUUGACUGACAGGUAAAAAUUGACGUUUUCAUAGUUUCCACGGCAACAUGAACGAUUGAAUACAACCUUAAACUUUCACUUUUUCUCAGUUUGCAUAAAAUUUGCUCAUUAGAUUUUCUUAUUAACUUUCACACAGCUUACUAUAAUUAAUCAUUACCAUUUGAAACUUAUUUGACCAAAUUUUAACAGAUGCGUUUUUAGAUAAUCAAUAAUUAUUUUAGUUGUACUGUAAUUAUUAAAUGUGUUACAAAAUUCGUCUGUUCAACUUCCAUUUUAAAAUUGUAAUGAAUAAAUUUUGAGAAAUACUCUUCUGUGUACCGUUGCUUUUUCACCCCCAUGUUUGUUUGUCUAAUUUAAAACUUGCGCCAUCACGCAAGUUACCGCUGACUGCUUGCAAAACUGUGUUCAGCCACCUUGAAGGAGUUAGUGUUAACAGUGGGUUAGGGGAGGGAGGGUGGGUAGAUUCCAAGAAUAUCAGGCUGGUGUAGAUUUUGUUAACUCUUUACACCCUAAUGGUAAUCAGCCUCAAUCGUCUCUUCCUUAUAUCCCUGGCAAAUCCAACAUUUGUUUUCCUUGCUUGCUACUUGUGUGUUACUUGUAGUGUUAUUAAAACUGGAAGUGAUUAUCUUUGAACUCUGUUUCACAGCUGAGAGUUUGGAAAUGCCUGGCCGACACACAGAAAAUUCUAAACCAGAAAGAUGAUUGGAAAAAGUCAUUUGGCAAGGUUACAGAGCUUGAAAAUCAGUUAAGUAUGGGGAAGGUGAUUGAUGAGGAUGACGAGGAAAGGAAUAGCAUUGAGGAUGAUGAUGAUGAUGACCUGAUAGAAAAAGAACUGCUUCUUUCUGAUUCAGGUAAGUGGUAUUAUGUUGGAUUUUUAAGCAUAUUUUCCUUUGCAAUGACUCCAGUUUGAGACUACAACCUGUUAAUGUUACAACAGUUCACAUAAAUGUUUCAGCUGCACUAUCCUGAAGUAGUCUGCUACACAGCCGUUUGCAUGACGACACUAAAAACGGCUGUGUAGCAGACUAAUCCUGAAGUGGAUAAGGGUCAAAUUGGUUAGAAACAAAAAUGUUGGGAAGUUCACUUUGCACUGUAUUUGCUGUCCUGGCGUCACCUAGAUGCAGUUGUUUUGGGAAAUGAGGCCGAAAAAAUUAAAUGUACCUGCUGAGUUAUUUAAGGAGUGUUAUUUUACAUGCUGUUUUCUUUUUUUAUCUAGAAGGAAAAUAGGAUAAUGAUUGUUUGUUUGUUCCUUCCUCUGUUCUAGAUGAUGAUUGUGAUGAUGAUGAAGAAGAGGCCGGUCCCAGAAAGAGGAAUAAUCCAGUUUCAUCAAGACUAAGAAGAAAACAGGUUUGUUGAAGAAAAACAAUAGAUAACCUAGAUUAUUCACUGGUUUUCCUAGCCUCAGUUACUCGCAUCAGUCUGUGAACUGGAGGUUUAUUUAUUCUUAAGUGCAAUUUAUCCUUCUGCUUGCAGCGCAAACUUGUAAAUGAGAAAGGUGAGACUCCACUGCAUGAGGCUGCUAUUGCUGGAAAUACACAGCGAGUGAAAUCACUGUUAGAAAAGGUAUGGGUAAUUUGUUUCUGCUGUUCUUUAACAUCAAGCUUUCACUAGGCGGUGGUCCUGGGAUAAUAUAAGUUGUGAAAAGCCAAAUCAGUAUAACCACUAGGAUAUCUUUUCAAUGCACAUGGCUUCAACUGCUUUCACCCCUGAUGAGAGACAUCAAGUCUAUGCAAUGCUGGUUAUUAGCAACAGGGCACAAACAUUUCCUGGCUUUUUUGGCCCAGUGAGCAAUACAGUCUUAACGUACCAGACAAUGUUAAAGCUUGUCACUUAUAGAAAGAUUUUGGCACCCAUAGUGGUGCAAAUUCACCCCUAACCUGUAUUCCAGUCAUUCCAAUAAAUACAUCAUGGAAGUCCUAUAGUUGCUGUAAACAUUUUUAUUAAAUGUCACUUUUAAUUCUUAAGGGAGCUGACGUAAAUGCAAGGGAUUAUUGUGGUUGGCUGCCCCUUCAUGAAGCCAGCAACCACGGACAUACAGGUUUGUGAGACAGUUAAGUCCAUAAGGCCAAUAAAUGUCAUAAAUAAUUAUUUUAGCGACUUUCUUGGAAAGAAAGAACUUUGUUUCGCAACAUACAGUAAAAUUCCGAAAAUAAGCCCCUCAAUGUAUAAGCCCGUCCAAAUAUAAGCCCCCCAAACUGGUAAUUCAAAAAACCCUCCGUUAAAUCGCCCCUCCAAAUAUAAUCCCCCGGGGGCUUGCACUUGGAAAAUUGCCCUCAAAUACAAUGUAGAACAAAGCAAAAAUGGUAAAUUUCCUUCCAACUAUAAGGCUAGCCCAAUCGAUUUCAAAACGCAAAUUUCCUUCCAUAGAUAAGUCCCUCCAAGCAUAAGCCCCUCCAAAAAUAAGCCCCUCGAAAAGGGCCUUUGGAAAAUGUAAGCCCUGGGGCUUAUUUUCGGAAUUUUACGGUAUAACUGUACAUUAUGUAUCCAUUUUGUUCACUUCAGCUAUAGUAGAGAUGCUACUGAUGGCAGGAUCAAAUGCAAACGAUCAGAGUGGUGAGCAUUGUUCUGGCGUAACACCCCUUCAUGAUGCCGCAGCCAAUGGGCAUAUUGAAGUGGUAAAACUUUUACUGGCACAUGGUGCUUCCAUCAAUCUUAAGGAUAACAAUGUAAGUUUGCUCUCUCACUGGUAUAGUGCUUAAUACUAAAGUGAUAUGCCAAGAAUUUUGAUAGCUGCCCCAAAUUUUACUUUGUCACAGCUGAAACCUCCUUUUUUAUUUGGUAAGUCUGCAUUCAGUAUGUAUAAAAAACUCAUCGCCAAUUGAUGAGCUUCGGAACUGGUGCCUAAAAGGUUAGCGGGGAGGCCAACUGUGAAAAAUACGGCAAAGGAGGUAACCAGGCAACCCUGGAAGCGGGAACCACCCCUGCCAGCAGCCGCUAACUAGCACCGUCACACUGAGAGGGUACUCAGUGGAAAAUACUUACCCACGUGGAAUACUUACCUGCACACCCCCGCAUGACAGCAGGGAGGGAGGAGUGAGAGCAAGAAUCCGCCAAGAUUCGCCAGCACAAAGCAACAAGGUGAUCCGCAACGAUCAGCUAGAAUAGCUUGCAAAAUAAUGCAAAAUGAUAGCGGCCCUGAAAACCCAAGUGGGCCACCCCGCAUGUCACGCAUGCUAAUACGGGGACACCGCUGGCUGCAUUGGCUCGAGGUUAACUUAGCCUAAAUAAAAUUUAGCCGCAUUUAAACUCAUCGCCAAUUGAUGAGCUUGGGAACUGGUGCCUAAAAGGUUAGCGGGGAGGCCAACUGUGAAAAAUACGGCAAAGGAGGUAACCAGGCAACCCUGGAAGCGGGAACCACCCAAAGAACACAUCUGUCUCCAAGUGCUUGGAGAACGGAGGGACCCGCGAACAAUGGGAAGCCUGGUACCUCGGUACAUCCAAAGAGAAACCCCAAGCACCAGAGACGGACCAAAGGCAAGCCUGCUAGUUAGGACGGGACUUACCGCUGAGUAAGCAGUCCAGGAAAGCCCCAUGCUUGUGGUGCGGCAAUGCGGACUCCAGAGGCAAUAGACCAGAUGUGCAUCAUGAAAGGCAUAGCCACUGUUCACACCGUGCAGCAGGAGCUUACGUGUACUUUCUCCUCCAUGACCAAGCUAGUAGUCCCAGAGUUCAUCCCAGCGAGCAGUAGGUAAAGGAGAGCCGAAGAUGACCAAGUAUACCCUGUGUUGCCAUUGAAAAACUAGAGCACUGAUAGUUGAGUAGACCAAGCCUUGACCUUGGAGUUUAUUUUGUUUUUGUUGUUGUGUUUUUUUUUUAUUUUUGUUUUUUUUGUUUUUGUUUUUGUUUUUGCUUGUUUAUGUAUAAGUAAUGUCAAACUAGCUUCUGCGAAAGUGUAGGCAGCGACGCCGAAGGAGUCCUGAUAUAGAGCUGAUAGGCGUUGCUAGACCAACGGCCCAUGGCUUGAAUAAGAUGGUCUGGAACUCCAUUACGAGCAGCCACUUUGGCCGCCCCAAUGCGAAAACUGUGGCUGGAAAAAUUGCCAGGAACCCGGGCUGAGGCCAUAAUUUGUCGAAGCCAUGCAGUGAGGGUAGCCCUGGACAGAGGUCGACCGUCUUGAAGCAAGAAUAAAGGGCCCGCAGAAUUGCCCCGCAGCGAGAGAUAAGUCAUCAGUGCCGAUAGAGUGCAAAGUGGCAAAUGGCCAGCACCAAUGUGGACAUAACAGCGUUGCCUAAAAGGGUCAGUCUUGGAGCCCUUGAUGUGAACUCUCAUGCAGGAUGGAGAGACCAUGGAGUCCACGCUAAUGUCUUGGACACUAAGAUGGAGUGAUGGGGAGAAACUAGCCAAGUCUGGUACAGUGAAUUCUGAAGCGCGGAGGAAACCAAAAUAGCCAAGACAGCAAGCAGCCCAAAACAUGCAAUGGUCGGGGAGGCCGAGGUCCAGAGAGUUCCAAAUAACCAGCAUAAGGUCAUCCGUGAUCGGCAAACGACUGGCAACAGGAGAACCUUGGCAACGCUUGAUCCCUCGUAAAACCCGGCGGAGGCGAAGGCAACCGGCUAAUGGGUCUGAGAACCUCUGAUCAAUAUGAAGAGCUCUUACGCCAGACAAAUAAACUUUGAUGGAUGCGUGCUGUAAACUUGGACUGAGCCGUGGAGUAGGAUCGACGCGUAGAGGGAGCCAAACCCUGGCACAAAAAGGACUGGCAUUGGAGCUCUAAAGCGGAGAGGUCAACUCCUCCAGAAGCUGAGGGGGAACUUGGGUAGGAGACCGCUGCGCCUCGGGAGCCAGCUGCCAAAAGCGCUGCCAAUGAAAACGAGAUAAUGCAUCAGCAACCUGGUUGUUGACCCCCGGUACAUGCUGGGAAGAAAAGGAGAAACUAUGCCUAGCAGCUGACAAUAGAAGAUGGCGCAAUAAAUGCAUAAUGCAAGGGAUUUUGGACGUUCUUGAAUUCAAAAUAUGCACGACCGCAUCGUUGUCCGAGUGAAACAGGACAUGCCUCCGACACCACAUGUGUCCCCAAAUGUGAGCCGCAACGACCACAGGGAACAGUUCCUUGUAGGCAAUGGACUGCUGUGCUUGGAGAGGAGACCACAAACCCGUGAACCAGAGGCCUUUCAGAAAGGCCCCAUAGCCCAGGGAGCCAGCUGCAUCCGAGGAAAGUUCAAUAUCCGCUUCCGGAGAUAGGCCAGGAAAAAGCCAAAAACUAACGCCAUGCCAAUCAGACAAGAACUUAUGCCACCACUGCAGGUCAAGAUGAAACUGAGUGUUGAGGCGGAUAGGAUGGUCUCUCCUCCCAAAGCAACAGAGUAGGUCAAUCAUACGGCGGACAAAGGUUCUACCAGGCCAGACUACUUUAGCAGCAUGAUGUAAAUGUCCUAUUAGAGAUUCCAAUUCUUGUCUGAAGCACCAUUUCCGGGGGAGGCAAGAGUGGAUUAACCCCUGAAGAGCCUGCAGCUUAUCCACGGGGAGGCGUGCCAUCUGAAGGUCAGAAUCCAGCUCAAUGCCUAAAACUGUCAACACCGACGAAGGACCCACGUCAUUACCAGGGUGGAGAGGUAAGCCAAGACGAUCACAAACGGCCAAAGCGACUGUAAGAUUGCGAGCGCACUGAGGAGAAUCUGGGGGGCCAGCAGUAAGAAAAUCAUCCAAAUAGUGGAGCAAGUCAGGGAUCUGAUGAUUGUUCAUAAGGAUCCACUCCACCAGGUCUGCAAUGGAGUUAAAAAUGUAGGGUGCCGAGUGAAGACCGAACGGGAGAGCCAAAUCCACAUAAAAAUGAUGGCGCCAUUUCAUUCCCAGCAGGUACCGAUCCAGUGGGUGGAUCGGAACCUGGCGGUAGGCAGACUCCACAUCAAACUUGGCCAUAAGUGCCCCUCGGCCAAACUGGGAAACUAGGCGAAUCACCUUAUCUACAGUGAUAUAGUGAAGGGAGAACUCGUCGGGAUUGAUCCCAUCAUUGACACUAGCCCCCCAGGGGAAGAAAGGUCCACAAUCAAGCGCCACUUUCCCGGCUGCCCCCGCUUGGGAAUAACCCCGAAGCUGCUAACGUGCAAGUUUGGUAAAGGGGGGGAAAUAAAGGGGCCUGCCACCCGGCCUAAGGAAACUUCAUGGGCCAAAUACUCAUCAACCACUGCAGCAUGCUGUAGCGCAGAAGGUUUAUUAUUCUUGGCAGACUUGAGCUUGUGCGAUGGGGAGAACCCCACCCGGAACCCAUUACUAAUCCCAUCCAGCACAUAGUUCACUAGUUGAUGGUCAGGAUGAUGCUGAAGUUCCAAAGCAAAUUGAUCUGCUUGCAGGGGGGUCACGGACGAAACUAGGGGAAGGGACCCUAAAAAAGAUAAGACAAAGAGAAUAUAGUAAUACUACGGGGGACAGCAAGAUAACAAACAGAAUAACUAGCAACUGAACCAACAAGCUUUAAUUCAAGAAAAAAGUAACGACUGUAGACUAGGCAGGGUUAACAAGGACAUAGCAAUAAAAAACACAGAGAGUUUGAGCUGUCGGGAAAAAACCUAAGCGAGCAAUUGGUUUAGUUCAAAGACGCCUGGAUUUGCUCCUGGAUCUUGAAGGUGAGGAAGAACGCCGCUUCACGGUGUCAUUGGGUUGGUUUGAUGUUUGGCCAGGGCAAGCACUAACACGAUGCGGGCCAGAACAGCUGGAACAAAUAUGGGCGAAACGGCACGAAGCAUAGGGAGCCACGCACCGUCCCCGAUUCCACGACUUGCGCACAAUAGUCGAGGAGGCAGAUCCAUGAGGCUCGGGAGACCCAUCUACGGGAGCGUUGGAGGCUCGUACAGCCGCUCCCACGGCAUGGAAAUUAAAAAGCUGCACAUUGAUGGACGACCACUCGGUUAAAUUCGUAGCUGCCGCGUGCUCGCGGAAUGCACGGUCAUAUGCGAACCAAACCCGACCAGUAAAUUGUUGGUGCGUACGCAAAAUAAGUAGCUGGUAGUUCAUCAGGUCUUUCAAGCGAUGAGGGAAAUGGGAAGUGAGAAUGAGGCAGUAGAUGGAAAAGGCCUCCAGCCAGCUGGUGAUAUCUUCUAUGCGCCGUUUGGGUUUCUUUGGCGUGGACGUGAGAACAAGCCGUCCUUCGAAGUAAAGUUGAGGUUCGGGCUCCGCCAAAGCAAUGUUCGAGGAGAGCAGCUCGCUCAAGUCGACGAAUUUGCCAGCGACGAUUUGGCCCACCAACUUGGCGGGGAUGGGUGAGAAACCCGGGCCGACGAUGAACGGUUGCUGUAGUGCAGGAAGGGAUGAAAACGAGGACACGCUCGCUGAUGAGGAAGGCCCAGAAGCAAACGAGGGAAGAGACACCGCAGGUGAGGAAAUCGGAAAAGUAGAAAUAAAGGAGGGCACAACAUAACUAGGCCUACCUUGGGACGCUGAGCUUGCAGGAGUAGGUAAAGCGCCGGUGCCAGAGGUCAAAAAGGCCGAGGCUUGGGAGGCAAGAUUGCUCGAAGAAACCGGAACACCCCCAAGCAUGGUUGUAGUCGAAGGCUGUGAACUGGGGUUCGGAACCGAGCGGGCCGGUGCUCGGUCGGCAGCUAAAGCAUCUUUCACUGCUUGCACAACAGUUGCCAGGAAGGCAGGAGACGGCUGAUCUUGCUGGAGAGCGACAGCCGCGACAGCAGGAGAAGCAGCAACGAAUGGGCCAGGGGGAUUAGCCGCCGGAUUGGCGAUCGCCGACGCACAGGAUGGUUCGGCCGAAACUGCGGUGGAUAAGGCAUCGAGAGCUGCAGACUGGCUGUUGCGAGUCGAACGAGAUGACAUGAUAACAGACUUUCCAAGCAAGAAUCCGCCAAGAUUCGCCAGCACAAAACAACAAGGUGAUCCGCAACGAUCAGCUAGAAUAGCUUGCAAAAUAAUGCAAAAUGAUAGCGGCCCUGAAAACUCAAGUGGGCCAUCCCACAUGUCACGGAUGCUAAUACGGGGACACCGCUGGCUGCAUUGGCUCGAGGUUAACUUAGCCUAAAUAAAAUUUAGCCGCAUUAAAUAAAAGUGUAUAAUUGUUGUAAGCAGUUUUUAAUUGUCAAAACGAAUGAAGAAGAAAAUGUAACUUAAAAUGUAACAGAAAAAUAGCCUGGUCAAUUCAUUACAACUUUCAUGCCUGCUGUCCAAUAGUAACAAAUGGAAGUGGGCAGAACUAAAACACAAUCAAGAACUAUCAUUUUACCAAUCACUGACAGGGUUGCAAUUAUUGAUUCUUCAGUUCAUCAUUAUGGGUAUGUCAUGUUGGACUUAAAGGUCUUCCCAGUUACUUUCACUUUGUUCUGAGCUCAUUCCCUUUUUGAUUAGUAUUGGGUUUUUGCUCUUGGUUGUCUUUGUAAUAUUGUACAAAUGAAUCAACCUUCACAUUGCUGGAUCUAACCCAAGAUGCUCAGAGUGUGGUUUGCACUUGGUUGUGUGUCAUCUUACUUUACGUUCAACAAAGGGCUACCACUGUCGGUCCAUUACUGUGGCAAUUGAUUAAAAUGCCAUAAGAUCACCUAAGUAGACAUUUUUGAUGAAGAGGGGGUCUUGGACAGUUUUUGAAAGUUAAUUCUUAGAAUUUAUCCAUAUGAACUCAAUGGAAAUGCUCAAGACUAAUGCACCUGUAUAUCUUUUUUGUUACCAGGGACGUACGGCAUUAGAUGCUGCCGAGGCAACUCUUAAGGGGAAUGCUGGUGAAGAUGAUGAUGAGUACACAAAAGGACGAAAAAAAGUAGUCAAAUUUUUAAGGCAAUGCUUAGCGCAAGGGGAUGGUUCUGGGAUAAGGAGAAGAAAUGUUAUUCAUGAUGAGGAUAAUGAACAAGAAGAUAAGGAGGAUACAGCUUCAAGUACUUUACAAAGAUUUAAUGAGAAGUUAAAAAAGAAAGAGCAGGAAAGGUUGAGAAGAAUGAAUAAGAAUUUGUGUGAAGAGAACAAUCCAGAGGACCUGGAAAUAUGUCCAACAAAAAGAUUAAGUCAGCAACAAGUUUUUGUAAAUGCGGAUGAAGAUGACUCACAAGAGGGUUGUUCCAUGUUUUCAAUCUCUACUAACCCUUACUCAGGUAUAGAAAGCUCGUCUUAUAGUGAUAGGCCUGUUGACCAUCCGAGCAAUUCACAGUACAGUUAUAGAGACCAUGGUGAGGGUAUACAAACAUUUUCUGAUGGUAGUGACUAUGAAGGACAUGAUUUUGUCCAAGUCGAUUGCCCUUAUGCAUCUUCAGACUCUGAGAACACGGUUGAAAUGGCUACAGUAGCUGAUGAAAAUAAUGGAAAUACUUUUAAUUCAUCUUAUGUGGACCCUGUAACUGGAGUGAGAAUAAGUUGUCCCACAAGUGGGCUUUUACCUGAAAAGACAGCUGCAUGGCUUGUAGAUGAUGUUGGGCCAAAACCUGCAAAGCGUAAGCGCCCAGCAAAGCAAACAAAGCUAACCGGUGGAUCAACUGUACAGAGGCGGUCAACUGCUGCUAUGCCUCGGCCUGGGCUAAACCAUAAAAAAUCCAAACCCACGACAAUUUCAAGACGUAGUCCUGGCCUAAGCCUUAGUAGGCCAAAACAAGCAAAAUUACCUGUAUCAAAGGAACCCAGAACACGUCAAACUGCAUUCUCUUCUCAUUCAAUGGUGAAUAAUGCUUCAUCUCCAGUGACUGCCAGAUCAGAUGUCAAUAUUACCAAUGUUACAACAGGGACCCCAAGAACUUAUUCUCCUGAUAUACCUUCCAGGCUAGGUCUGUUGCAAGCAGGUACCCCACCCAUGCGCCUUAGAGUACGGGUUCAAGACAAGGUGUUCUUGAUCCCUUGUCCACGGAGUAAUCAUCAAGAAAGCAAGAAUAUUGGUUGGCUAGCUCAGCAGGUAGUGAAUGUUUCAGUUGUUCUUUUUUCCUCCUGCCAUAAUAUAGAAGGAGAUUAUAAAACCCAUAGAGAAUUCCAUUUUUUCAGAGGGAAAUAAAUGACAAAAAAAAGUUGGAUUUUUAUGACACUUUAUGUCUUGUUUAUCAGCCUUUUUAUAUUUAAAAGGUCAUUAAUUUCAUCCAGAAAAGUGUUGUAAAUAUGUGCAGUUCUUUCUAAAUGCUCAGUUUAAUUCUGGUUAUUUGAUGACUCAUCUGUGUGGCAGUUUCACUAAAACUGUGAAAGGUUUGAACUCAGGAGUCAUUUCAAAAGUAGGUUGAGUUUGAUCGUCCGGGUGAACGUAGUCCUGAAUAGGACUGUUGUUGUUGACAGUGACUGACCUUUCGACAACCUGUGCGGUAGUCAUCUUCAGAGUCAAAGUGAGUUGUUUCACUAAAACAGACAGUUAAUGCCUAUAGUCACAUUUCAGUGCUAUAUGGUGUUAAUGGGCCUCCAAAAAGGGCAAUGCAUCAGUUUCUAUAGACAUGGCCUUUGUGAGUUUAUUUAUGGGCUGAUGGUUGCAGGAAAACAUAACAUUUCAUGCCGUUAAGAAUUGUCAGUUUGGAGGCUGUUCAACUGCUGGCGGGUCACAUGAGCAUUAACUUAUCUGCAUCUGCAUUUUCAGGCCUCACUUCGAUAUUUUUCCAGUUGUGGGUUGCGACCUGUUUUAGCCCUAAAAACAAGUGAGGGAGCCUUCAUGUCCCCAGAGGAUAAAAUUGUUGAUGUACUUUCAAGUAACGAGGAAGUUAUAGCUUCUGUGGAAUCGUGGGACCUGCCUACCUUGUCUGAGAGGUACCGUGAUGCUUGCAUGAACACAAAUACAGGUAAGUUAAUUUAUUAGUUUGCAUAACUCAGUUCAAUAUCAAACAUUCUAAAACAAAAGUGUUAGGGAUUCCGUCUGAUAAUUCCCUCAGUAUUUUGUUGUGUUUAGAACUUCAGAUGAAACACUUUUUGUCUUGUACUCAGUUUUGAAAAUUGUAGUAGUAGUCCAUGAUGUAGAUCCUGAAAUUCUGACAUCAAAAGCCUACAAGAUAAGGAGGCGUAUGAAAAGAGAAAGAAAUUUUAGGUUAUAAUGUUACCUUGAUAGUCAUGGUCUAAUAUAAAACUUACUAUUUAAAUUAACUAGCAACAAGACCAGAUGUUCUAUCCAUCCUUGAAGCUGAUCCUCAGUUGUCAAGCCUUACUUUAUCAAACAAAGCUUUGCAAGAUGUCCAUGUACUGCCAUUAUUCAGAGCACUACAAUGCAAUGAUGUACUUACUAAGCUCAUGUUGCCUGGCAACAGAAUAGGUAAGUAAAUGUCUCAUCCUUAUCUUAAACCACUACUGUGUGAAAAACAGGGCCAAGGCCAUCAUGGGCAAUGGCUCAUCUUUUUCAAGGGCAUUGUGUGUCAUGCAGGGGUUCUAGGGAUCCCACGUCGAGGGAAACAUACCCAUGAGGGAAUUUUCCAAAGAGCGUUAAAAAUCAAAUGUUGUUUUGUCAAGGGAGGUGUUAAAUGCAGACCAUUCAGUUAUACAUCUGAAAAAUAUAAAAAUACAAAAACGAGCUGGCUUAAUGAACUCAGGACUUAUUUGCCACUGAAAAUUGGUGAAUGGUGAAAAAUAUUUUGCCCAGGCUUAUUAUUUUAGCAAGCUUUAAAACCUUAAAUUUGGUACCAACCCUUAGUUUUUGAUUCAAUUUCUGUAGGUUUGUAAAUAAGUUUAUUUAGACAUCGUUUUUUGUUUAUUUGUUACAGGUGAUUCUGGUGUUCAGCAUUUGAUAUCAGCAAUUCCCACCCUCCCCUCACUCGCUAUAUUGGACUUGACUUCCAACGGAAUCACGCAUAAAGGGCUGUCCCUUAUUACCAAUGCGUUAUCUGCAAGAGAUUCAACAAGGACAGACACACAACAGGUAUCUAGUUUAAAGGGUAAUUGUCCACUAUGCCCCACUCUGCCCAAUAAGCUCAUGGCUCCCACCUUUUGCAACCAAAUAAAAAGCGAGAACAAAGCAAUUAGUUUGAAACAAAGGGCUAAUUACACAAAUGAAAGUAGGUUACACACUUAUCACACUGACUUUUGCCAAAUUUCAUGUAGAUUUGUACAUGUGGCUUCAACUCACAUUGUCCUGAGUUUGUUUUUGUGGGAUUGUGUUUUCCACCUGCACAAACUCAAGCCUAAAUAUUUGCAACAAACUUUAUUUUAGAAAUAGCCUGAUGUGUUACUCUUUUUUAUUAUAUAGACACGAGUGUUUUACUGGAAAAUAUACCACUCGUAAAAUUCAUAAAAACUACAUCCGGGACCUGAGUGGUUUAUUCUCCAUAAUCUCACACGUGAGUUUAUCGAUGACGUUAUCUUGGCAAUUUCCCUCUAUUAUUUUAUCGAUGUCAUUUUGUCUAUAUAUGAUAAAAAGAACAUUACACGGCGGCUUGAAGAUAUGAAUUUUAUUUUCUUGUGGCAAAAACAAUAUUUUACUCACUCGCUGCGCUCGUUCGUAAAAUAUUGUUUUGCCACUCGAAAAUAAAAGUCAUAUCUUCGCGCCACCAUGAAAUAUCCUCUAUGUAUUGCAGGAGACCCCCCUUCAGAAGCUUGAAGAAUUCAACAUCAGCUACAACUGGCUGGGAGACAGUUGUGGCAGUUCAUUGGCUGUUAUUCUCAAAAGAUGUCCCAUUCUAAAUGCUCUAAAACUUGAGUCAUGUGGUCUUACUGGUCAACUUGCUGCUCAAGGGAAAGAGUUUGCUCUAGCUCUGAAAGGUAAAUAUCUCAAUUUUUAAAAAGCUCAAAUUAUCUCAUAUUUUGUUAUGGUUAUUGAUUAAUAGGCCAUUUGCAUGAUGGCGUCAUUUUAAUACUACGACCAGAAUCCUUUUCGUUUUCCCUUUUAUAUUUUAGCUUGGUAUUCCCAGUGAGGUUUCGAAAACAAAAGCCCGAAUUUGCACAAGAAAGCAAAAUCCUGAAGGAUUCUGGUCGUAGUAGUAAAAUGACGUCAUCGUGCAAAUGGCCUAUUGGCAACAGAACAUCAAGUUCAGUUGGUAAUCAUACUCAGUCUUGAUUAAGUUCGAUUUUGUUAAUCACCCAAGUGAACUCCACUCAGUUCUAUUACCAUUAUUAAUCCAAAAAGCAUUCCUAAUCAUUGUUUAUUGUGUCCCUACUCUUAGCUUCUCAUUUGAUUCAUCUCUCUGUGGCAUACAAUACCUUUGGUUCUCAAGGAAUAGGAAACUUAAUUAUGGCACUUCCACGUGGGUCACUGCGUCACUUAAACUUGAGCUCAACCAUGGAUGAAACAGGAAGUCAAGGACUUUCAAAUCUGGUUGAUUUCAUGGAAGUAUGUGAAUAAUUUUCAGUUGAAGUUAAUGGUGAAUAACUGAGACAAAAACAUCACGCAAAUAGGCCAGUUUUGAACUUACAAAAUUAGAAAUCACAUUGAUAUUCAGGGCUGAAUAAUAUUCAUUUCUUUUGUAUUCUUCCUCUUAGCCUUGGAGCUAGGUAUGAAUUGUGAUAAGCUUAAUGAGGCAAUGAGGCAAAGUGAUGAACUUAAUUCAUCCAUUUCAUCAGAAAAACAUUAUACUGUGUGGGUGAUCAAAUGAUUAAAUUUUACAUUUUUAUUUACAAAAUUUUGAGGACUUUUAAGGUGGCUCUGAGCUCCCUCCAUACAACUUUUGGCAUACCUUAUGAAAUGUUUAUAAUUACAAAAAUGCUGCUCACUGGAAUUGAUUACUGUAUGUAAGAGCCCAAAACUGAAAUGAAGAGCAUUUAUCAAGUAAUACUGUGGCUAGGUUAAUCUUCCACCUCAGUGAAAAUCAACUACUUACUGAAUAAAUAAAAAAAAUAAACUAAAUGUCCAUUAUUUACCUUUGGCAGUGUUUAUAGCAAUGAUGCUAGUGGGGCCGAGCAAGUGACUGAAACAAAUUAAUACUUUAGAUCAAACAUAAUAGGGUUGAGAAUCCCAACUGGCCGGAGGUAAACCAGUAGGAAAUUUACAGCGUGGUCGAGGAUUUGAACUCAGAAGUACCGAGAACAAAUUCAGCUAGUGGUCAGGGCGUGACUUGAACUCGGGCCUCCAAAUUGCAAGUCCAUCGCCCUAACUGCUCGGCCAUGCUGCCUCCUUUAUGGGUCGACAUGUAUCUUUUGGUAUUUUUAUACCAAAAUAAAUGUUAGAAAGACAGUCAAAGCCACAUAAGCUACUAACUUGUGUUUCUAUUAGAUUUCCUUGACAACAGUUGAUAUAUAAUAAAUUUCUAUUUUCUAUGUCACAGAGGAGUAUUUUUUCCUUUUUUCAGGGGGAAACCUGUGUUCUUUCUGAUCUGAUUCUCGAGGAUUGUCACAUUGAUGACAAACUGCUAGAGUCCUUACUGAAGGCCACACACAUGACCACUGGACUGCAGCAUUUAAAUCUGAGUUGCAAUAACAUUGGAAAGAAUGGGAUUCCUUUACUUGCAAGGUUAGUCUUACAGACCUUUGUGUUUCUUUUUUAUGGACAUGUUCUAAGAUAUUAAACAAAAGACUGGACUUUUUCCCCUGUUAUCAGAGCUGUAAACCAGAUUGGGUCAUCAGGAAAUUUCCAACAAAUAUUUUGUUUGUGUUAUGUCACUAAAACAGGGAACAGGGAACAGGGAAUGAGCUUGGGGAAUGGGAAAAUGAAAAAUGGGAACAAAACAGAGAACUGGAAAUGAAGUUACUGAUAGGGAUAUGCAGGCCUAUGCUUUAAAAUAAGACCACUUUCCCAAGUUUUAAAUGCCUGAUGUCACAUUUAGAAGAGCAAAGUUCAUUACUUUAUGAGUGGCCCUAGCACACAAGAUGAUAUGCAGGAGAAUGUUCUGCUUUUAAAUGAAUAUCCUCUUUAUCCUUUGGGUAUUUUUUUUUCUUUAGGCUAUUGAAUGAAACUGGAUCCAAACUAUCAAGCCUCAUUCUCACCGGAAAUACAGAUGUGGGAACUAUCGAAGCUGCAUCAUUAUUAACAGCUGCUAAGGACAGCAGAACGCUUCGAACACUAAAUUUGUCAGCGUGUGGAGUGAAGUCUCCUCUUGGUGUGACAUUUUUUGAUUCUUUUAGAACUUUGGCAUCUCAUAACCUUGGUUGUUUGAAUAAGCUGGAUCUGUCUCAUAAUCUUUUAACUGUCACUGAUAGAGAACAACUGGCAGAAAAAUGGAAUUCCAGCUGCUCAGAAGACAACUUUGCUUGUUUGGAGAAUACACUUUGCAUGUUUACAAAAUAA